AUGCUUACGGGCGCCGACGUCGCUCAGCACAGCGACGCAAAGUCAUGCUGGGUCAUCAUACACGGCAACGCCUACGACGUCACAGACUUCCUGCCCGAGCACCCCGGAGGAUCGAAAAUCAUCCUACGAUAUGCUGGCAAAGAUGCGACCCGAGAGUUCGACCCCGUCCACCCGUCCGACACCCUGCGCAAAUAUCUCGACCGGUCGAAGCAUCUCGGGCCGGUCGACAUGAGCACGGUUGCCGCGCAAGAGCAAGAGCAAGAGCAAGAUGCCGACGAGGCCGAGCGAUUGGAACGUGCGGAGCAGAAACCGCUCUUGUCCCAGUGCUACAACCUGUUUGACUUUGAGGCCGUCGCUCGCAGAUUGCUCAAGAAGACUGCAUGGGGCUACUACUCCAGUGCCGCCGACGACGAAAUCACCCUGCGGGAAAACCACAGCGCCUUCCACCGCAUCUGGUUCCGACCUCGCGUCCUUGUCGACGUCGAGCAUGUCGACUUUUCAACAACCAUGCUGGGCACCCGGUGCUCCAUCCCCUUUUACGUCACGGCCACCGCCCUCGGCAAGCUGGGCAACCCCGAGGGCGAGGUUGUCCUCACCCGCGCGGCCCACACGCACAGCGUCAUCCAGAUGAUCCCCACCCUGGCCUCGUGCUCCCUGGACGAGAUCAUGGACGCCCGCCAGGGCCAGCAAGUCCAGUGGCUGCAGCUCUACGUCAACAAGGAUCGCGAAAUCACGCGCAAAAUCGUGGCGCACGCCGAGCAGCGCGGCUGCAAGGGCCUCUUCAUCACCGUCGACGCGCCCCAGCUGGGCCGUCGGGAAAAGGACAUGCGGUCCAAGUUCACCGAGCAAGGCAGCAGCGUCCAGGCCGGCCACGACACGGACAACUCCCAGGGCGCCGCCCGCGCCAUCUCGAGCUUCAUCGACCCGUCCCUCAGCUGGAAGGACGUGCCGUGGUUCAGGGCCGUCACCAAGAUGCCCAUCGUCCUCAAGGGCGUCCAGACGGUGGAAGACGUGCUGCGCGCCGUCGAGGCCGGCGUGGACGGCGUCGUCCUGUCCAACCACGGCGGCCGGCAGCUGGACACGGCGCGGUCGGGCAUCGAGGUUCUCGCCGAGACCAUGCCCGUGCUGCGCGCCCGCGGGCUGCAGGACAGCAUCGAGGUCUUUGUCGACGGCGGCGUGCGCCGCGCCACCGACAUCAUCAAGGCCUUGUGCCUGGGCGCGCGGGGCGUCGGCAUCGGCCGUCCCUUCCUGUACGCCAUGAGCGCCUACGGCCAGGACGGCGUCGAGCGCGCCAUGCGGCUGCUCAAGGACGAGAUGGAGAUGAACAUGAGGCUGAUUGGCUGCGCGAGCGUCAAGGACCUCAACCCGAGCUUGGUCGACGCCAAGAGCCUGUUUUCUCACUCCUCCACGGCCACGGAUGCCCUGUCUCAUUCGGUGUACGAUCCUCUGGUUGUGCCGGCCCAGCGACCCAAGUCCAAGUUGUAG